AUGAAGGACCCCCUAUACGGACUCAGCCCCGACGCGAAGGUCUUCCACCACGACAACAAGCAGGUGGUGACCGACAAGCAGAGGCUGUCUGAUGCCCUCCCACAUAGCAGAGAGGCAGCACAGCAAAAGCUGAGGUCCCAGAAGUACCGCAAGGCGCCGGCGGAUGACGAGGACGAUCGGUACGUGUACCUGCCCCCUGGGUCGAGCAUGCGCGAGCCGGGCGACAGCAUGUCGGACCCCGGCGAGCGGAAGGUGUACCGCCGCGACCCCACCCCCCUGCCCAAGAAGGGAGAGUGA